AGAAAAAUAAAAUAUCAAACCAAAACGCAGAGCAUUAGGGAAUACUAAUAACACCACCACUCAUAUUCAUGUGAAAUAAAUGGUAGGAACUAGGAAGUAAAUAAAAUGUAAAAAAAUUAGAAAUAUGUUUAUAUAUUUUUUAAAAUAUUAAAAAACUCGUAAUAAAAUAUAACAGUAUUUUUAAAAUGGAAGAAAAAUUUAUGUUAGAAAAAAAUAUUACUUAUUAUUGAUAUUGAUAAGCGAAACGCGUUUUUUGGGAGAACAAAACCAAACUUGGAGUAUUCUUUUUCUCUUUUCCCCUUUUUUCCGAUCAGAUCCUCACCUCACUUCCGAUUAGGGUUUCGAAAUCGACGAUAUCCACAGCUUCUUCCGAUUCGUGGAAAAUAUGAUUGCGUUGCAGGUCUAGGGUUUUCCCUCUUCCUUGACCCGCUGUUCUUGGUUCGUAAUUUCGAUUCCUGUAUAUGCAGUUGGUGAGGAACGGAAGAAGAUGUAUAGCAAUUUCAAGGAACAAGCUAUAGAGUACGUGAAGCAAGCCGUGCAAGAAGACAAUGCUGGCAACUACGCGAAAGCGUUUCCUCUCUACAUGAACGCUUUGGAGUACUUCAAGACCCAUUUGAAGUACGAGAAGAACCCUAAGAUCAAAGAAGCCAUAACCCAGAAAUUCACCGAAUAUCUGCGUCGGGCUGAGGAGAUUCGGGCUGUCCUUGACGACGGUGGGCCCGGCCCAGCCUCCAACGGGGAUGCUGCUGUGGCGGCGCGGCCCAAGACCAAGCCCAAGGAUGGCGAUGGCGGAGACGGGGAGGACCCUGAGCAGGCGAAGCUUAGGGCUGGGCUGAACUCGGCGAUCAUCAGGGAGAAACCUAACGUUAAGUGGAAUGACGUCGCAGGAUUGGAGAGCGCCAAACAGGCACUGCAGGAGGCUGUGAUUUUGCCUGUGAAGUUCCCUCAGUUCUUUACUGGUAAAAGACGACCCUGGAGAGCUUUUUUGUUGUAUGGGCCUCCUGGAACAGGAAAAUCAUAUUUAGCCAAGGCAGUUGCGACCGAAGCUGAGUCCACAUUUUUCAGUGUUUCUUCAUCGGACCUUGUUUCAAAGUGGAUGGGAGAAAGUGAAAAACUGGUUUCAAACCUUUUCCAAAUGGCUCGAGAAAGUGCCCCUUCUAUCAUAUUUAUUGAUGAGAUAGAUUCCCUAUGUGGUCAGCGUGGAGAAGGCAAUGAGAGUGAAGCUUCAAGACGAAUUAAAACAGAGCUUUUGGUGCAGAUGCAGGGUGUAGGACACAAUGAUCAGAAAGUUCUUGUUCUUGCAGCAACAAAUACACCCUAUGCGUUGGACCAGGCGAUAAGGCGUCGUUUUGACAAGCGUAUAUAUAUUCCCCUACCAGAUUUGAAGGCUCGCCAACACAUGUUCAAGGUGCAUCUAGGAGAUACUCCCCAUAACCUGACCGAAAGUGAUUUUGAAUAUUUGGCUAGCAGGACAGAGGGGUUUUCUGGUUCAGAUAUAUCUGUUUGCGUGAAAGAUGUCUUGUUUGAACCUGUUCGCAAAACCCAAGAUGCCAUGUUCUUCUUUAAGAAUCCUGAGGGUAUGUGGAUCCCAUGUGGACCAAAGCAACAGAGUGCAGUACAAACCACAAUGCAGGAGCUUGCUGCGCAAGGACUUGCUUCUAAGAUCCUUCCACCCCCUAUUACAAGAACAGAUUUUGAGAAGGUACUUGCUAGACAAAGGCCUACAGUAAGCAAAGCCGACCUUGACGUUCAUGAGAGAUUCACGAAGGAGUUUGGGGAGGAAGGUUAAUACUGACGGAAUUUCACUUCGAAGAUCCAAACUGGUUGGAAAUAUGUUGUUAUUAUUUGUAAUUUACUUAGCUGUUGGAUCAAGUGAAAUGCAUCUUUUUCAUUUUGUUUUGGGGGAUGUGAUUUCCCCUGUUGUACGGAGGUGAAUUUAUAAAAGGUGGAUACUCAUUUUGCUUAUCCUAAAUUGUGUAUAACAGAAUCUGAAAUGACAUGAAAAAAUAACUCGUGUGAUGCUCGUUACUUUGGGUACAUUUCAGUUUCAAGAUGGAUCAGAUACUCAGCAGAUAUUUUGCUUCAAGCUACUGAUUUUAGGACGUACUAGACUCAUCAUGAAAUAUGCCUUUUAGCGUAUUCACCUACCGUAAAAUCUUCUUGUAACUAAACUGUAACAAAAUGUGAUGAUAGAAUAGAUUCUGUAUUCCAGCCGCUAAGUUACUCCUGAUUCCCGAAAAAGGUUAUCAGAUGUCUACAGCUUUUACAUCUUAAGCAAUGUGGAUGGACGCCCUGCACUUCUUUUAUUAUCUUUAAUUCAGUGAACGUUAUUAAUAUUUUUUUAUAAUCAAUUCUCAAUCAGCAGGAGU